GUGAAUAGUUAUGGCCAACAGAUACACACCUCUGUUUGGAGCAGAUAACAAAGAAAGAAACAAUCAAAACUUGACUUCAACUGCAGACUAAAGCAGGAAUCAUUCAAAGCUGGAAAAUAAAGACUGAGAACAAAGUGUACCCAGACUAGAGGAAAGAUCAACAGUACUGAGCUGACAGGAAGGCACCAGUAAAUCCAAUAAACACUCUCUAUGUGCCACAAGUAUGUAAAAGAGCAUCUCUGAGCACACAGCAUGUAAAACCUUGAGGCAGAUGUGCUACAGCAGCGGAAGACCACACUGGCUGAAACUACUGUCAGCUAAGAACAGGAAACCGAGGCUAAAAUUCACUCAGGCUCACCAAAUAUAAAAAAAAAAAAGAUUCUAAAAUCACGUCCUGGUCUUAUGAGUCUCAAAGUGUGCUGAGAAAUUCAAAUUUUAGGGUCAGAAUUUAGUGUAAACAACAUGAAAGCAUGGAUCCACCCCACCUUGCAUCAGUGGUUCAGGCUGCUGGUGCAGUAACAGCCUGCAUAAAGUGACUCAUGGACCUUUAGUGGACAGAGAACUGUCUCCAAAAAGGAGGCCCAAUGUGUUGGGCAGCUAAAACAUCAAUUUAAAGAAAGAAUGGUAAAAUGUCUCAUCAAAACUACAUCACUGAGUCUCCCCACUUCUCAGUUUUUACUACAAAAGGAGCUGCUGCACAAAUCCAAUUUUUUAAAAACAGAAUAAACUGUGUAAAUAUCAGAUAUGUUGGUUUUGUACUAUUUUCUGUGAAACAACAUUUAAACUUGAAUGUAUUAAGUUGAGGAUUAUUUCACUUUCUGUUUUCUUUUACGUUUGGCACACAUUCUACAUAUGUGGGGAAAAACCUGGGGGAAGAGGGCGGGGCUUAGUCUCUAUAACAUAAAGAAUGAAAAGGUCACAUCAGUCAAGAGAACAAUGAAGGAAGCGACUCUACUCUUACUUUGCUGGACAACAAUUCAAGCUCGUCUGACUGUGAGUCCCAGCAGCUCUCAGUUCUUUAAAGGAGACUUUGUGUCUCUGAGCUGUGAGGAGGACGACAGCUCUGCUGGAUGGACUCUGAGGACCAAUAAUAAGAUCAAUAAGAUCACUCAGUGUGGAGAUGGGUGGGGAAGAGGGUCUGGUUCUUCCUGUGACAUCAAUGUUUUCCCAUGGGACAGUGGAGUUUACUGGUGUGAGUCCAGAGAGGGUCCCAUCAGUAACAUGGUUAACCUGACAGUCACUGACAAACACACCACCACACCUCCACCUGCACCCAUACCACCGCCUACACCUCCACCGCCUACACCUCCACCUGCAGCCUCACCUCCAGCUGCAGCUACACCUCAACCUGCAGCCAGCACUCCAUCUAAAGCAACACCUCCACCUUCAGCCACACUGCCACCUGCAUCUAUAUCUCCACCUGCAUCUUCACCUCUACCUGCAUCUACACCUCUGUCUGCAGCUACACCUCUACCUCCACCCAGCCCUCCAUCUGCAUCCUCACCUCCACAUGCAGCUACAGCUCCACCUGCAGCCACCUCUACAUUGACCUCUCUGGGUGGUUACUCUCUUCUCCCCAUGGUGGUGAUUGCUGCGUCGGUCUGUCUCGUGGUUGUAGUGGUGUUAAUGUUUCUUUUGAUGGAACAAACCAGUCACAGGAAACUUGAAGAGAGGACAGAAGACAUAAUUUAUGGAGAAAUCGUCAUCAAAGACAAGCAACACAAAUCAGCUAAAAGAGAGUUUCCAAGAGAGCCAGACGUCAUCUACUCCGAAGUGAAGCAUUUCACCAGUCCAGCCACUGAGAUGCAGCUGCAGGUCUCUCACAGUCCUCAAAGCACCUGAUGAAGAUUUUUAUGUGAAGAACCUGCAAAAACAAAGAAAUAAACAAAUGUGCCUUCAGCAACAUGAAGUUAAGAGAGACUAUAACUAAUAUAUUAAUCUAAUGCUGUGUAUUUAAUGCUAUUUAUAUAUUUUAUUUCUAAAUGUGGGGCCCUGCUGGUGUCUUCACAGCAGUGAUUUGGUUUCUCUGCAGGAUCAGUAAACCUCGAUCUCCCUUGUUGUUCUUCUCAUGUGGCUUUGUGAGUUUCAUAAAGACGUCUGAGAGGAAACUGUGAAUAGUUACGGCCAACAGAUACACACCUCUGUUUGGAGCAGAUAGCAAAGAAAGAAACAAUCAAAACUUGACUUCAACUGCAGACUAAAGCAGGAAUCAUUCAAAGCUGGAAAAUAAAGACUGAGAACAAAGUGUGUGAGUUUGAAUAACUUUGAUUUGAAGAAAUUAAAUACUUGAGACUUUAUUUUCAGGUCAUUCGCAACUUGUCUAGAGUCCUCGUUUGUUGUUAUUUUUACUGUAACCUACUAAAUAUGCAUUUAAUCCAUCCAAAGGUUUUCAAAUUGGGGUUUCCAAACAGGCAGAACAACCCUAACCUUGUAUGAGUUGCCAAAGACCUGAUGGUGGGAAAGAAGUGGGAAAAAAAAGAAACAUGCUUCUUCACAUCUGUCUUUAGAUCUUUAAAACUGUUUAUCGCACUUGCAGGAGUCAUGUAUUUGUAGAAAAUAUGCUUUUUAAUGUAGCCAUUUAAAGUUCUGGGAGGAGUGAAAUGCAGUUCAUGAAUAUGAUAUUUGACUGUAAGCUUAAUACAACUGUGUCCUUUUGUUUGUCAAACAAAAUAAAUAUGAUGAUAAAGUGAAACUCUUUAAAUAGAUUUAAAGGUUUUUUCAGACUGGGGAAAUUGUUUAGGCUGCUAGUUAACUGCAUUUAUCCACAAUGUUUUCCUCUAAGCAUUUUGGUGAAACGGUCUUUCCAAGGAAACUGAGAGCAGAUGCCUCAGAUUCACUUCUGUUUAUGUAAAACUGCCCUCUAGUGGAAGGUGGCUUGAUAUGAUUUUGAACAGCACUUUUACACAACUGGUAUUCACAGAUUGUCUCCCAUCAAAGUACAAACAGACCCAACCUGCAUAGCUUUUAGGCUCAGGCACGCUCAGGGAAAGAAGGUCCAAAAAAUUCAAAGACCAAAGCUUCACACUCUGCUUUCUAAAGAAAAAAAAAAAACACUUUAACUUUCUUAGCUUGUACAAUGAAAAAUUAAAAAUGUGUUUUCCUCUACUGGUCACAGAGCACAGUAAACUACAGUAACAAAUGAAAAAUGAAAAUGUACAGAUCAGUGCACAGAAGAACAACAUAGGCAUUCAAACUAACAACAAACUAACAAUGCAGAUUACCCACACUGUGUUUCUUUUUUGUC